UUAUAUUCCGUGGUUCGUUGCCGAUUAUACAUCUUUAUUUCUUUAAGUUGCCUCUACUUUCUUCUGCUCUCAUCUUUCUCAACCACACUCUCCUACCAUAAACCCAAUUCAAUUGUCCAUAAACCGCACGCCAAAAUGAUUCCCCUAAUAAUCAACAACACCGACACCCUCCACCCCUCCUCCACAAACCAAACCACCACCUACCAAGGCGCCACCCCCUCCUACACCCUCUCCGCCAUCUCCUCCUCCGCCGCUGCCUUCCCCUCCUGGUCACGCACCGCGCCCUCCCACCGCCGCGACCUGUUGCGCGCCGUCGCAAAACUCCUCCACGAGCGCAGCGAUGAGCUCUGCGCGACGAUGAUGGCGGAAAUGCACGCGCCAGAGCUCUGGGCGAGAGCGAAUGUGCAGUUUGGUAUUGAUUUGCUGGAGGAAACGGCGGGGUUGAUUUCGGAUGCAAUGAUUGGGGGGAUUCCCGUGUCGCAGGGGGAGAGUUAUGCGAUGGUGUUUAAGGAGUCGAUGGGGGUUGUGCUGGGGAUUGCGCCGUGGAAUGCGCCGGUGAUACUGGGGUUGAGGGCUGUUGUGGCGCCGUUGGCUGCGGGCAACACCGUUCUUUUUAGGGGCUCCGAUCUAAGUCCCAAAUCGCACUACCUCCUCGCCAGCCUCUUCCGCGACGCAGGCUUCCCACCCGGCGUGCUGAACUUCCUCCUCAACCGCCCCGAAGAUGCGCCCGAGCUCUACGAACUCACAAUCAACCACCCGUCCGUGCGCAAAUGCAACUUCACCGGUUCCACGCAGGUCGGCCGGAUCAUCGCCUCCAAAGCCGCCUACGCACUUAAACCGGUUCUCCUCGAAUUGGGUGGAAAGAACUUCGCGCUUGUUCUUGAUGACGCGCGGAUCGAAGAUGCUGCCGAGGAGAUUGUAAAAGCCGCGUUCUUGAAUAACGGGCAGAUCUGCAUGUCUACGGAUCUAGUCUACGUGACUGAAGCUACCGCGCCGAAACUCGAGGCUGCCCUGCUCGACCGCUUGAAUAAGAUGACGGAUAAACCACGCCUCAUAUCCUGCACCAGUAAAUCGAAACUGACAUCGCUUCUCGAAGACGCGCGCAUCAACGGUGCAAUAAUCCACCAUCCCCCGUCCUUCCCUUCUCCUACCGAAGACCUCAACGACACCACCUUCCCCCCAACCCUCUUCACAAACCUCACCCCCUCCUCCACAUUCCACACCACCGAGUCCUUCGGCCCCCUCCUCGGCAUCGUCCGCACCCCCGACCUCACCGCAGCAAUGGACCUAAUCACAACGUCAACCUACGGCCUCUCUGCAUCAAUCUUCACAUCCUCGCAUUUCACGGCGCUGAAACUUGCUGAGAAAAUGAGGGUUGGCGCUGUGCAUGUGAACGGGAUGACGGUACAUGAUGAGCCGACGUUGCCGCAUGGGGGGGUUGGUGAGAGUGGGUAUGGGCGGUUUGGUGGGAAGUGGGGUGUGGAUGAGUUUUUGGAGGUUAGGACUGUUAUGCUGAAUCCGUGAUUUUUUUUCCCCUAGGUAUCUAGAUUGAUUGGUUUUGCGAGUAUAAAAAUAUAGUGGUCAAUUUAUUGGUUUGUGUAUUUGAAUGUUUAUUUGCAGAUGUAGGGCUUUUAUGC